UUACCCACUCACGCACCAGGUCGGAAUUUCGUCUUUAUCAGCUAAUCGCUGGGCAAUCUGGAAGAUUGUCACCGUCACCUUCUGGGCCUUUUGCCUAUAAAAGAGCCAGUUCGAUUGUCCGGCCAGUUAGUCCGUCGAACCAAGUACCCAAAGCCGAAUCCCGGAAACGAAAGCGAGGAUUCCCCCCAACGAGAUGUUCAAGCCAUCGAUGCUACUGGGUCUGGCCCUCAUCCUGGCCCCAGGAUCCCUGAUCCAGGCCAAGUCCCUGUGCCGCCAGAGCGGCUACUUCGCCUUAGUAGAUAACACGCCGGACUUCUACGCCUGCCAGCUCACCGGUGUCGCCGGAGACUUCUCCCUGCGCUUCCUGCGCUGCCCAGAUGGUUUGGUCUUCAGCUCCUCGGUGGCCCAGUGCAUCCAGAAGUUCGCCGCGUUCGAGGCUCGUGAGGAAAGCAACAUCGAGAACCCGACCAUUCCGGACGACAAUCUGGAUGAAAGCUCCACGGUCCCCUCGACAGCCGAUACCGAUGCUCCGUCAACUACUGAGAAACCAGCGACCGAUGCUCCGGGAAGCACUGAGAAACCGGCCACCGAAGCUCCGGACACCACGCCCGGAUCCGCCGAGCCUUCAACCGACGAGCCGGCAACCGAUGAGCCUGUUACCGAUAAGCCCGUGACCGAUGAGCCCGUGACCGAUGAGCCGGUAACCGACGAGCCGGUAACUGAUGAGCCGGUAACCGACGAGCCAGUAACCGAUGAGCCCAAUACCGAUACCACCGAUGCCGGCGACGUGACGAAGACCACCAGCGACGAUGACGAGGACAAUGUAUGCGCCACCACCGGGUUCUUCCCGACGGACGGAAGCUGCACGGACUUCGUGAUCUGCAGCUAUGGCAGUGGCUCCGAGCUGAAGCCUUAUGUUCGCAAGUGUCCCAAUGGGAUGCAGUUCGAUCCAUUGGAGUGCUUCUGCUCCAAGGAUUACGACUGCACCAAGGUCUAAAGAAGGAAGAAGGAUGCCUUUCGAGGAUUUUGUGGCUGAUGGGAACGAUGGGAAGCAAUAAAAUCAGUCAUUUGACCAAGCUGUAGAUUUUAUUUACUUUGUAGCUGUUUUUUUUUUUUGUUUUUCAAAUGUAUUUUUUUUUUUGAAGUGAAUAAAUUUUAGUUUAAUUAUUUUUAAAUUAUUGGAAAUCAUAUCUGGCAUCUUGAUGGCUUGUCGAGUGGCUGCCAAUGACGGCAAUUUCAAUU